GUGGGGUUACAUUAAAAUAGCAGGGAUCCUCAAAGCUCGUAAGGCAGACACGGGCAAGGAAGGGAGUUCUCGCGAGAUCGCCGCCGGAAGUGGGUGGCGGCGGGGACGCAGCGGCUUAGCCCUCCGGAAGGCGAGCGCUUCUCCCGAGCUGUUGCAGGCGGCUGCGUCCGGCGCCUGGCUCUGAGGAAGGGGUAGCUACGCCGCGGCCUUUCCAGCCCGGAGCUCGCGCUCUCGGCUUCCCUGCCUGCACAGCUGCGCGGCGCUGCUGCCCGAAGCCCGGCUUGCGAAGCCCCCGCCGCCCCCGACCCUCCCUCGGCGCUGCAGUUAGGCCGCGCCCUCAGGCCCAGUCUGCGGCGGCCCCGGCGGGUGAUGCCAAAUACAGCCAUGAAGAAAAAGGUGCUGUUGAUGGGGAAGAGCGGGUCGGGGAAGACCAGCAUGAGGUCGAUUAUCUUUGCAAAUUAUAUUGCUCGCGACACCCGGCGCCUGGGUGCCACUAUUGAUGUGGAGCACUCCCACGUCCGAUUCCUGGGGAACCUGGUGCUGAACUUGUGGGACUGUGGCGGCCAGGACACCUUCAUGGAAAAUUACUUCACCAGCCAGCGAGACAAUAUCUUCCGCAAUGUCGAGGUGUUGAUUUACGUGUUUGACGUCGAGAGCCGCGAAUUAGAAAAGGACAUGCAUUAUUACCAGUCGUGUCUGGAGGCCAUCCUCCAGAAUUCUCCUGAUGCCAAAAUCUUCUGCCUGGUGCACAAAAUGGAUCUGGUUCAGGAGGAUCAGCGUGACCUGAUUUUUAAAGAGCGAGAGGAAGACCUGAGGCGUUUAUCUCGCCCGCUGGAGUGUGCUUGUUUUCGAACAUCCAUCUGGGAUGAAACGCUCUACAAAGCCUGGUCCAGUAUUGUCUAUCAGCUGAUUCCCAACGUUCAGCAGCUGGAGAUGAACCUAAGGAAUUUUGCCCAAAUUAUCGAGGCCGAUGAAGUUCUGCUGUUCGAAAGAGCUACGUUCUUGGUGAUUUCCCAUUACCAGUGCAAAGAGCAGCGUGAUGUCCACCGAUUUGAGAAGAUCAGCAACAUCAUCAAGCAAUUCAAGCUGAGCUGCAGUAAGUUGGCCGCUUCUUUCCAGAGCAUGGAAGUUAGGAAUUCUAACUUCGCUGCUUUCAUCGACAUCUUCACAUCAAACACGUAUGUGAUGGUUGUUAUGUCAGAUCCAUCGAUCCCUUCUGCAGCUACUCUGAUCAACAUUCGCAAUGCCAGGAAACACUUUGAGAAGCUGGAGAGAGUGGAUGGCCCCAAGCAUAGUCUCCUUAUGCGUUGAAUAUUGCCAAAUGCCCUUUCUGAAAAUGCUGAAUUGCCUUUUUUUUGUUUUUGCAUCCUUUAUUUUUAAUAUUCAUAAUGUCGUGUGCUUAAAAGUGGGCUUUGAAAUGUGUGCUGCUUUACUUCCAUCUCUCUCUUUCCUACUCCCCAGUCUUUAAACAUUGGACGCUAUUUACUCAGCUAUCCAGUAGAGCUUCCAGAUGGCCUUUCUGAAAAGUCGGUAUGGUGUAACACUAAAGUAGGUGGUUUGUGUGUGUUCUGAUUACCUGGUUAUAAUAGAUAUGCACAUCAAAGCCUUUACCAAUAUCUUUCUGUAUUCCUUAUCAGAUUGCAAAGAUGGAAUGUUACUAUUUUAUGAGCAAGGUAUUAAAAUGCAUUUAUAAAUUCUUCUUGGCUUCAAUCAUGAAUAAACAUGUUAGUAAUUUAAAA